AUGAAACUUACAUCCUCAGAAGAACUUAAACCCUUCACAAAUCAGUCAAACACAUUUCUGUUCAUUUUUGUUGGGCUCACUGAUGAUCCAAGUCUGCAGCUAGUGCUUUUUUAUGCAUUCCUUAUUAUGUACAUAAUGACUGUUGCAGGAAAUAUAGGAAUAUUUGUUAUUAUCUAUAGUUCACCUCAUCUCCAUACACCAAUGUACUUUUUUCUGAGCCAUUUGUCUUUUAUUGACUUUUGUUAUGCUUCAUCUGUGGCUCCAAACACAAUUAUGCAGUUAGUAAAAGAGGAAAAAUAUAUUUCACUUGUUGGCUGUGCAACACAACUCUUUACAUUUUCCUCAUUUGGAUCUACUGAAUGUCUUCUCUUUGGAGUGAUGGCUUACGAUCGCUUUGUAGCCAUAUGCACCCCGCUUCGUUAUGGAUCUAUUAUGACAAAACAAGCAUGCAACAAACUAAUAGUUGCUGCGUAUGUUACUGCUGUACUUCAAGCUGCUAUACAAACUGGCUCUACCUUUAGUUUACACUUCUGUGGCUCAAAUAUUCUUGACCAUUUUUUUUGUGAUGUCAACCCUUUAUUAAGAGCAUCAUGCUCGGAUACUUUAUUGAAUGAGAUACUGGUUCUUGUUUGUGCAGCCAUGAUAGGAGGAGGAUCACUUUUGGUUAUUCUAACGUCUUAUACUUAUAUUGUAUUAGCUGUUAUCAAAAUUCCUUCAUUGCAAGGAAAGAAAAAAGCUUUCUCUACAUGUGCCUCCCACCUUAUGUGUGUCACAUUAUUCUAUGGAGCUGUAUUAUCGAAUUAUUUACAUCUAUCUUCCACAACAUUCAACCAAGAAAUGGUAUCCUCUAUAUUCUAUACAGUAGUCAUUCCAACUGUAAAUCCUAUCAUCUAUAGUUUAAGAAACAAAGAAGUAAAAAUUAUUUUGAUGAGGUUAUUGAAUCAAAGAUUUUAA